AUGCAGGACAAUAAACUGCAAGACACUCUUGGCUCGCCGCUACAGACCAGUUUGAUAUCCGACAAGGCGUCAAGGGAGGGAAGACCAUCCAUGGAGAAAGGGAGUACGCUGGCCAGCUCACAGGGAGAGUCCCCUGCGCUAGCCCCAGAAGUAAAGAAUGAAAACAACAUACCUGUGGCGAACACUAAUCCAAGCGAUGAAGCACAGAAAGAAGAGGAGGAAGAGUAUCCAAGCUCUUGGAAACUUGGCCUGAUCGCCAUCGCAUUAGCUCUUGCCAUCUUUUGUCUAGCUUUGGACAAUACCAUCAUUUCCACGGCAAUUCCAAAGAUCACAGAUCAGUUCAAGUCCCUUGAAGAUGUGGGCUGGUAUGGCAGCGCAUACCUCCUGACAACAUGUUCAUUGUGCUUGACGUUCGGCAAGCUAUAUACGUUCUACUCCACAAAAUGGGUCUACUUGAUUGCCCUUUUUGUCUUCGAACUGGGAUCUCUGAUCUGUGGGAUCGCGCCGAACUCGUUAUCACUGAUCAUUGGCCGAGCCAUAGCCGGUCUGGGGGCAGCUGGACUCUUUUCGGGGGCACUCAUUAUCAUUGCUCAGACGGUGCCACUGAAUCGACGACCAAUCUUCGCUGCGAUGAUGGGAUCAAUGUAUGGAAUUGCGAGCGUGGCCGGACCCUUGAUGGGCGGUGCGUUUACGGACCGUCUCAGUUGGAGAUGGUGUUUUUACAUCAACUUACCUUUCGGCGGAGUGACCGCUUUCUUCAUCCUUUUCUUAUUCAAGGCGCCCAAGUCUGUCAAGGACAAGUCCGGUUUCAAAAACCAAAUGGGGCAACUGGAUUUCCCUGGAACUGCCCUCUUCAUGCCAUCAAUUAUCUGUGUAUUACUCGCGCUACAAUGGGGAGGCACUAUGUAUGCUUGGAACAGUGCUCGGAUCAUAGCCCUUUUCGUUGUUUUCGGGGUCCUUCUCAUUGCCUUUUGCGGCGUACAGUUGUGGCAGCAAGACAAGGCUACGGUACCUCCCCGGCUGGUCAAGAAUCGGAAUGUAUGGGGCGCAGCGCUUUACAGCUUCUGUAUUGGUGGAUCAUUUUUCAUUUUUAUCUACUAUCUUCCCAUUUGGUUCCAAGCGAUAAAGGGUGUCACAGCAACCAGGUCGGGCAUCAUGAACCUUCCGUUGCUCCUUCCUAUGAUUGUCGCCUCCAUUGCUGCUGGUGCUUGUGUCACUAUGGUUGGAUACUAUACACCGUUCAUGAUCGCCACACCGAUUCUCAUCUCAAUUGGCGGCGGGCUUCUCGGCACGUUGAAAGUAGAUUCAAGUGACGCUGCAUGGAUUGGGUACCAGGUUUUAUACGGAAUUGGCGUGGGCCUAGGGUUGCAGCAACCUAUGAUUGUUGUUCAGGCGGCUCUCCCGAUUGCCGAUGUUCCCACUGCAACGGCCUUUGUCAUGUUCUCCCAGACACUAGGGGGGGCGCUUUUUGUCUCUAUCGCUCAGAAUGUUUUUCAAAACCAACUGCGCAAGAACAUUCUUGCUAGAGCCCCUGGGGUUGAUGUGGCUAAGGUGGUUGGCGCAGGGGCUACGAUGCUGCGGCAGGCUGUGUCGAAGGACAUCUUACCUACAGUUCUCGAGGCCUACAACAACGCUAUCACCGAGACAUUCUAUGCUGCAGUGGCUAUAGGGACAAUUGCCCUCUUUGCGGCACUUCCUAUACAGUGGCUGUCCGUGAAAGGCAAGAAAAUUGAGGCGAUGGCUGCUUAG